AUGGAAAUUUCAAAAUUACCUUUUGAGAUUUCAAAAGAAUUGUCCAAACAGCUAUCUCUAACUGCCAUGUCACAAGGUCUAAACAGUCAUUAUUCCAGUGAUUCGCCAAACACACCGAUGAUGCAAGCUUCUGCAGCAACGCAAUCAGUAUCCUCGAAAUCCAAAACAGUUCGCUCUAAUCCACAAAAAGGCAGGCACUUUUACAAACCAGAGCUUAUUGCAUGGUUGGAAAAUCAAUUUGCUGAAAAUCCCAACACUACCAUGACUGAUAUUAGCGCCAUUAAAAUUCCGGAUGGACUUAGCGCAGUACAAAUUGCUCGUUGGAUGACUCGAAAGAGAUCUACGUUGAAAAAGCAGACUUCUGCCACUUCUAACGGAUCUUCUGUUUUAAAUCUUCAUACAUCAUCACUUGACUUGCCAAACCGUGCAACUGUUGAUUCGGACAUCAACCACGAUAAGCAUGUUGAUGGCAGUGGGAAUAUUGGAAAAUCUGCUGUCGAAGCAACAAAAGUCAUUGAUGAUGAUACUGAAAGUCUGACUGAAGAGAGUUAUGAAGAGCAUAAAGAUAAUGAUGAAAAAAACGAGCUUUUAAAAUCUGACGAAAUUGAAGAAGCGCAUAUUGCAAAUGAUUCCAUUGAUAAAGCUAUAAAUGAUAUUAAAGGUCCACCAGAUCAUAUUGGCAUUCCAGCUAUUGAUUUAUCUUUUGGAGUUAAAGUAGAUUCUAAGCCUAUUUCUCGUCACAUAGCACCCAAUACGAUACAAAGUUCUCCAAAUCAAAUUGAUGCCAAAAGUGAAGCAGGCUUAAAUUCGAACCGGAUGAUGGAUCAGGAUGAAUAUAGGCUCGAGAAUUUGGAAUUGGAAGAUUCGGAAGAUAUGUAUAUCAUGUCUGAUGUAUCUAUGGAACGACAGGACUCGAUCACAUCUGCAGACUUUGGUAUACAUACUAUCAAUCAAAAUACUUCAGAAAACUUGGACAUCCAAACUCCGUCGUCGCUAACAAGUGUGAUUGGUGAAGGAAUUCACAAAUUAAUUGAUCCAGCACAACUAAGUCGGUUUUCGCGAUACAUGAGCAUACAACAAACACCACAAGAAAAGUUGAAUGUCAUUCAGGUUCUUCAAAAUACUGUUCAUGAACCCACGCUUACUAAAUUCAUGAGUGGCAAGGGAAUUCAAAUCAUCAAUGUGUGGCUGACCGAGUCCAUCAAGGACUCUAAUAUCAAUGAGCAGUUGGUGCUUUCAAUUUUGAAAUUCAUUCAACGGCUCCCAUUUGAUAUUGAUUGUCUAAAGCAUUCUCUUUUGGGGAAAUCUGUUCGAAAAAUUGUCAAGUUUGGCACAGAAUUAAAACUAUCUCAAGUGACACCAAAACAGCCGCAGUCUUCUCGUAUAGUAGUUUCGAUUGCUCCUCCCAACGCCAAAUAUAUUGUUAAACAAACUCCUAACGAAACUAGAUCAUACCAAGUUUUAAAACCCACUACUCUUAUUUCAAAUGAUUCAGCACCCAGACUACCUAAAAUCCGUCUAAAAUCAUCAUCAUUGUACCAUGAAUCUUCUACAACGCAGUCGCCAGCAAACCCUAUUUCAACACAUGCUACAGUAGUAAAAACUACACAUAAACCCAAAGCAACUGCUAGUGCUACUCUCACAAAAACAGUCACAGCAAAACCUGUUGGACCAGUGCUAACAAAACCCAAAUCACGAUCUAUUUCUUCACCUCAAAUAGCAAUCCCCAAUUUGGAGAUCAAGCCUAUUUGUGCAAACGGAGAUUUAAAGCGUCAUAUAGAUGAUUGCAAUACCGCAUCUUUUGAUGUAGCUUCAGAUGGACUCAAAGAGCUUGGUAUAAAGGAUGGCGUAAUUGAGUCUGGCCAGGACUAUCAUGUAGACAAGGCGUGCAAACUGAGUACAUCUGAAAUUGGUUCUACUGGUUUUAAUUUGAGCACUGAAAUGGAUACUUCCACUUUGUUGCAACCUGAAGCGCUGCGUACAGAUUCUUUAAAUAUGACUUUACCAGAUGUUCUUCCAUCAUACAAGCGAGAAGUAGUUCAGUCAUCAGGCGAUCAACCUGUGUCACCAGAAAUGCGGCGUUUAGACAAGAACAAUAUUAUUAGUAUUCUUGCAAAACCAAUUUAUGGUGAGAUUGCUGCAGCUGCGGCGUUAAACAGUGCAGUUAGCACUCGCUUUGGCAAACCCAAAAAGAGUGUCAGAUUUAGGCCAGAUGAUCAACUAUGCAAAAUCAAAUACAUUGAAAAGGCUGUAUACGAAAAGUCUGGUUCUGGUGACCGCACUAAAGCACGAGAUUUUGACAAAUUCGAAGGCCAGCAAGCAUUCCAGCAGCUUCGAGAUGAACAGCAGCCGGUUAUAGAUUGGCAGGCACCGCGUGAAUUACUGCUUAGAAACCAAGUGCAACGUGGAUCCAACAGUACAGAGGCUAAAGUACAAGAAGAGCGUGAACGCACGGCAUUAUCCAAAGUAUACUACUUGGAUUCAGAUAUUCCUCCUAGUCCUGCCGAGCCCAAUGUAGUCUACUCUACAACAUUGGAAACGGACUAUGAUGCUUUUGCCACGUCUAUUCCGCUUACUAAAUUAGGAGCGAAUGCCAUUGUAGCUCCAAUUGCUUCCGUCGCGCCUACUUGGGCUAUACCGACCGCAAUUACACCUGUCAUCAACCCUACAAUUACCACACCAAACUACUUGGAUGCUGUAUUGGCAAGAGUAUCACAGACUGCAGUUAAAGAUACAUGGUCUCCACCCAUAUCAUCGUUGGACACGACAGGACUUUCAAUAUCAACACUCAAUAGUUUGAGUGAGCUUGCUAGCACCUUGCUUACUCCAUCUGGAGGUCUUGCGGCUGCUUUACUUAGUACGUUGGCGACUGCUUCUGCAGUGUCAGUACCACAAGCUACGACAGAAUAUACAUAUUUGACAAAAAACAAUCCAAAUGAGGACACGUCAAAACUGAAAACAGGAUUGAAUGGUGCACCAGUCUCAUAUCCCUACACUGGACAAGCCAACCAGUCAGCAAAUGGCACAUCAAAUUUUGCGAGUACGACUGCUAGCAAUUUAUUUGGACACAACAAUUAUACCCCUACCGCUCCUGUAUCCAACUACUACGAUCACAAUGAAUCGUAUGAUCUUAAACGUCGACAUGAUUUCAACUCACAUGCGCCACCAUAUCACACAUCCCGUGGUAACGAAUAUGAUUAUAACUCUGAUCGGUUCAAUGGUGGUGCCGAUUCGUACACUUUUGGAAACGGUGAAAAUACUUAUCGUCGUGAUACUCCAUACCAUGGUGGCCAGGAUCUCGGCGAAUAUGGACAUGCAAAAAAGCCAAGAUACAAUUCUGGCGGAAAGUAUGAUGUCCGACCUAUUUGCGAGUUUUAUAAACGUGGACAGUGCAAAUAUGGCAAUCAUUGUCGGAAACGCCAUGAAUAAGUGGCUACUCAAUUACUUUGCAAUUCUUGAUUUUAUCUGUUAUUCAUUUUUCAUUUAUAUCUACAUUAUCAUCAAAUAUCAGAAAUAAAUAGCAAAUCUUGAUAUAAG